GGACAACAUUGUCACUUAUGUGAAGAAAGAACUGAAGAAGAUCCAGAAGGUUCUGAUUGCAGAUGACCUAGAACAUUCAGAGAGUCAGAGAGAUGAUGAGGUGUUGGAAGGUGAUGAUGAAGAGCAGAGGAGGAGCAGAGAGGCAGUGAUGAAGAUCACACUGAACUUCCUGAGGAGGAUGAAGCAGGAAAAGCUGGCUGACCAUCUGCAGAGCAAACAUCUUGCUGCUUUUUGUCAACAUCAACUUAAAUCUGGUCUGAAGAAAAAGUUCCAGUCUGUGUUUGAGGGGAUUGCUAAAGCAGGAAGUCCAACCCUUCUGAACCAGAUCUACACAGAGCUCUACAUCACAGAGGGAGGGACUGGAGAGGUCAAUGAUGAACAUGAGGUCAGACAGAUUGAAACAGCAUCCAGGAAACCAGACAGACCAGAAACAACAGUCAGACAAGAAGACAUCUUUAAAGUCCCACCUGGAAGAGAUCAACCAAUCAGAACAGUGAUGACAAAGGGAGUGGCUGGCAUUGGGAAAACAGUCCUAACACAGAAGUUCACUCUGGACUGGGCUGAAGACAAAGCCCACCAGAACAUCCAGUUCAUAUUUCCAUUCACCUUCAGAGAGCUGAAUGUGCUGAAAGAAAAAAGUUCAGCUUGGUGGAACUUGUUCAUCAUUUCUUUAGUGAAACCAAAGAAAUCUGCAGCUUUGAACACUUCCAGGUUCUGUUCAUCUUUGAUGGCUUGGAUGAGAGUCGACUUCCACUGGACUUCCACAACAAGGAGAUCCUGACUGAUGCUACAGAGUCCACCUCAGUGGAUGUUCUGCUGACAAACCUCAUCAGGGGGAAACUGCUUCCCUCUGCUCUCCUCUGGAUAACCACACGACCUGCAGCAUCCAAUCAGAUCCCUCCUCAGUGUGUUGGCAUGGUGACAGAGGUCAGAGGGUUCAGUGACCCACAGAAGGAGGAGUACUUCAGGAAGAGAUUCAGAGAUGAGGAGCAGG